GUGUCUCCCCGCCCUCUCAUUCCCUGCCUCCAGGUUCUGAGAAGAUGGCGAAGGUCUCAGAGCUUUACGAUGUCACUUGGGAAGAAAUGCGAGAUAAAAUGAGAAAAUGGAGAGAAGAAAACUCACGAAACAGUGAGCAAAUUGUGGAAGUUGGAGAGGAAUUAAUUAAUGAAUAUGCUUCUAAGCUUGGAGAUGAUAUUUGGAUCAUAUAUGAGCAAGUGAUGAUUGCAGCCCUAGACUAUGGUCGAGAUGACUUGGCAUUGUUUUGUCUUCAGGAGUUGAGAAGACAGUUCCCUGGCAGUCACAGAGUCAAAAGACUAACUGGCAUGAGAUUUGAAGCCAUGGAAAGAUAUGAUGAUGCUGUACAACUAUAUGAUAGAAUUUUACAAGAAGAUCCAACUAACACUGCUGCAAGAAAGCGUAAGAUUGCCAUUCGAAAAGCUCAGGGGAAAAAUGUGGAGGCCAUUCGGGAACUGAAUGAGUAUCUGGAACAAUUUGUUGGGGACCAAGAAGCUUGGCAUGAACUUGCAGAACUAUAUAUCAAUGAACAUGACUAUGCUAAAGCAGCCUUUUGUUUAGAGGAGCUAAUGAUGACUAAUCCACACAACCACUUAUACUGUCAGCAGUAUGCUGAAGUUAAAUAUACCCAGGGUGGACUUGAAAACCUCGAACUUUCAAGAAAGUAUUUUGCUCAGGCACUGAAACUGAACAACAGAAAUAUGAGAGCUUUGUUUGGGCUUUACAUGUCGGCAAGUCAUAUUGCUUCUAAUCCAAAAGCAAGUGCAAAAACAAAAAAGGACAACAUGAAAUAUGCUAGUUGGGCAGCUAGUCAAAUAAACAGAGCUUAUCAGUUUGCAGGUCGAAGUAAGAAGGAAACCAAAUACUCUCUUAAGGCAGUCGAAGACAUGUUGGAAACACUGCAGAUCACCCAGUCUUAAGUGGAAUAGAAAGAACUUUGAGACACUUAGAGAACUUUAUUCAGACACAAAUCAGUCAUUCAGGGCAUGUAUUGUUAGUAGUAGUUUGUAAUUUACAUAUACAAAUUACAUGUUGUAUGUAUCACAUACAUGUAUAAUUACUUAAUAUAAAUAGUUUACAAUAGUAUACAGAAACUCCUGCAUACUUGUCAUUGCUGGAUUUAGGCAAAUGGGGUUCAUGGAGGACUUGACAACCUGGAAGUAUUUAGGAAGAAACUAUUGUCAAUAUCAGUUUUUUAAUCUUUUGAAUAAUUCUGUUAGUAUAUUAUUCUCCAUAUCUGGUCUCAUUCUGUUAUUUUGCAGUCUUUUUCAUUUCAUUCUGCCAUGAGAAAUGAGCAGAUGUGAAAUAACUCUCCCCAUAGAAAGCUAAUUCUUAUCAACAAAUCUUUGUUAUCACAGGAUGCACUCUUUUUUGCCAGUGAAUUUAGUAACUGCAUUUUCAACAUAAUCAGCCACCUCAGAUUUAUUUUCUAUAAAGUGCUCAUAUAUUAUUCCACUACUUUAUCUCAGUCUCCUAUCCAUCACUAGGGUAGUGUUUACUUUAGCAAUUAUAUUUGUGUAAGGUAGUGCCUUGUAUAACUGUCAGCCUAAGUUUCACUUUAUUUUUCUAAUUUUAAUACCUGCUUGCUAAGAAUUUUUUAUGAAGUACAUUGUUAAUGUGUAAUUUAUAAACCUCAGUUUAAAUGUACUGAUCAUCCUAUUGUGGCAGACAUUUGCCAACUGCUUUUACCGCCACUUUUUGCUUGUUAAGGUAUCUUACAUUGUUCAGGUAGGAGCAGAAAUCCCUGCUCUUCAAGGAGAUAAGGACCUUACCUUACCUCAGCCCUAGGAUAUGUAUCAUGAUUGACCUAAAACAGAGGUGGUUUCAUUUCUUACGGUCUGUGAGAUGCCAAGGCAGAACUUUUUUCAGUUAAGGAAAUAUUCUGUAUUUGUGCUGUCCGGUAUGGUAGCCACUAACUGUAGCUUUUGAGCACUUGAAAUAUGGCCAGUAGAACUGAGAAAUUGAAUUUUUAAUUUAAUUUAAUUUUAAUUUUAAUAGCUGCAUGUGACUCAGGGCCACCAUCGUGGGUAGUGUGCAAAUAUCUAAAGUAUGGGCAUAUGACCUAUUUAAGGCUAAUAAAAUGAACAGAAGCCUAUUGGGAAGGGUCUUCCUUUCAAAUUAAAAAGUCAGAGCUUUGUGAAGUGAGGCUUUUUGCCUCUUUCUCCUUCAGGCCAUGAGUGUCAACAACAUACUUAGAGAUACAACAGCCAUCUUACAACUACGAAACAAUAAAUAGGAGAAUAAAAGCUACUUUUCAGAGAUGGCCUUGUAGUUAGAUUAGAGAGAGCCUGUGUUCCUGAUGGCAUGUUGAACACCUGAACCAACAUGAGCAUUUGCCAACCUCUGCACUUAUUACAUGAGAAAAAUAAACUCUUGAUUAAGACAUUGUUUGGAUUUUCUGUUACUUUUGCCAUGUAUAUUUCUGACUAAUAAAUAUCCAUCAGCUUUUUUUUUUUUUUUUUUAGUAUGCAAAACUCUCUAAAAUUUUGGACAUGCUGGGAAUGGUGUUUCAAAACGUAAUGAUUUAAAGUUAAGUAGACAAGUACAUACAAUAAAAAAAGUAAUAUCUUGUUGCAACUCAGCAUACAUUAUUUAAGCCAACCUUAACCAUAGGAUAUUACUGACUUGGAAGCAGAGGAGGAUGUAGAAAAGAUAGAAAUGGAAAACUAGUGCUUCAGUACGCUGGGAGCAUAUAAUUUUUAUUGGUAAAUAUUUCAAAGAAUCUUUUUUUUCUGAUGCCACAAUCCAUCUAUUCUCAAAGUAACUUUAUUUUACUUUAUUUCAUAGAACUGUAGGAUUUUAGAAGAGACUUUAAAGAUGAAUUAGUUAUAUUCCAUUUUAGGAUGAGGAAUCAAGGUUCUGAGAAAUUAAGCUCUUCUGAGACAGAGCAGGACCAGGAUGUCAGGGGUUCCCAAGUCAGUGUUCUUUCUAGUAUACUCUGAGGCAUAUGUCUAUUCUGUGAUAUGUUCUUCCUAUUUUAAAAUGAGAAAAAUAAGAGAUAUAUCCAAGGGGCAUUGCUUGUUAGAGCAGGGAUUAGAAUUCAGAUUUUCUGACUUGUAAAACAGUUUUUUAGUGGAAUAAUAAAGUCAUAAUUUCUUUUUAAAGUCAUAAUUUCAUUUUGAAUUAAACUGAACUUAAACUAAAUUGACCAUUUAAGCUAUUACUUCAUGUAAUCAUUGUGAGAACUCUUUUAGACUAUUUAGAACUACUUCGAACCUCUUUCACUUUGAACCUCUGAUGUAUCCUAUCUCCCUUCUCACUCUUGACAAGUAACCUCUUGUUAUAGACUGAAUUGUGUCCCCCCAGUAUUCAUAAGUCAAAAUCCUAACCCCCACUACCUCUGUAUGUGAUUUUAUUUGGAGAUAGAGUCUUUAAAGUAAUAAUUAAGGUAAAAUUAGGUCAUAUGGGUGGGCUGUAA